AUGUCAGCUGGAACUGUUCUUAUUACCGGUCUCAAUGGCUUCGUCGCUCCUCAUAUCGCUUUCACCUUUCUCUCAAGCGGUUGGAACGUCAGAGGUACGGUUCGAUCGUCCUCCAAGAGGGACAAGGUCCUUGCUCUUCCUCUGCUCAAGAAAGGAGCCGAUGAAGGAAGGUUAACAGUGGUUAUCGUACCUGAUUUCCUUGAGUCUGAUUGGACGGAAGCCCUGGAGGGCGUCACUGCAGUCGUACUUGCCGCCUCACCAUUCGACAUGACUCUUCCUACGUAUGAAAAAUUCGCAUAUCCUGCUAUUCAAGGGACCACAAGAUCACUCAAGGCAGCUGCAAAGGUCGCCUCUAUCCAGGCUGUUGCAUACGUUUCAUCCACAGUUUCCAUCGUCGACUACUUUCAGCCCAUGAGCUCUCAUAAAUCCAAGGUCUACAGCGAAAAGGACUGGGUACCCUGGACAGAAGAGGAUGCCAAAAAAGAAGGUUUUAUCGCUCCACACUGGUAUUCUAUUUCCAAAAAAUAUGGUGAAUUAGCUGCAAGGGAUAUCAGAGAAAAGACUGGAGCCUCAUGGCCUUUGUCUACAUACUGUCCUCCAGGUAUCUAUGGACCACCUCAACACAUCAACAGCGAAGAAGAACUCGCAGGCACUCCCGGUACCGAUUUAUCUACCGCCCAGCUAUACGCUUUCCUCUGCAGUGGACAAGACGCUGAUCUUCCAGCUGAGUAUAACGCUCAAUAUGUUGACGUUCGGGAUCUCGCUGCAGCUAUUUACGCUGGCAUAACCCAGCAAUCCAACGGAAGAUAUAUUACUGCAGGAGAUCAAGUAACUUCUCAGAAGAUAGCCAAUACAGCUCGAAGGGUCAGACCUGACCUAAGCAGAUUCAUAGUCAAGGGAGAUCCUAAAUCUUCUGAAGCCCUUCCCGAAGGCGCCUAUAGCUUGGACACUUCUACAAGCAAAACAGAACUGGGAGUCAAGUAUCAUACCCUUGAGGAAACGAUCAGGGAUACCAUCGCUCGUUUCGAAGAGCUCGGAGCAUACAAAAAAGGGAAUUGA